AGCAACGUUACAUAAUUGUUUCCUUAACAGCAAAAAAACAGAAAUUGAUAAGGGUUUAUUAUUCUGUGAAAAUGGGUCAGUAGAUGGCGAUGUUUUCACAGCCCGUGGUGUCACUAUAGAUUCAAUGAGUCCUAAAUCAGCAGGGAAGUUGGGGAGAUGCAGCUGCGCUUCAGCAGUGCGCACUGGAACGGAGGAGGCAGUCAAUGAUGUGCUCCCUGGUCGACGAUAUUCCUGUCAUAUGGAUGUUGAAAACAGAAGCAGCGGUUAACAGACAGGCAACAGACAGACGUCAUGAAGAAGAUGAACCGGUUACAUUUCAGUCGAUGUCAUCCAGUUUCACAAUAUUCACACACAAGCGUUGUCUAAACUGCAACGGUUAUAUUCAGUGUAGUUAAAACACAGAGCUUGGUUUUACGCUGUUGUGGGCUAGUUUACGAGGAGCACGUGAAGGCAGCACCCAGUACGGUGUCAAGGAGAGUGGGCGGUCUUUCACCGCCUGCCCCCACACGUACAUCCGAUCAAAUCCCAGUGAUGUGACGUCUCGUGGCGGAGUGUCUAUUCAGCGCAGAGGACGGUCGGCGCAAAGGCCGUCAGACUUCCUGAACCCACGCGGUGUGAAGACGGUUGCAACACUGCUGAAACCUGACGACACUGGAGGCUCGAGGUUACCGGGUAGGCUCAGUGUCCACAGUGAUUGGAAGUGGGAACACAGACGUUCAGGGUGUCAGCUAGCAGCAACAGCCAUAAAUCGGGGGAUGCUCUGGUGAAGUACUCUCUGUGUUGUCGUGAUCAGGCCCAGAGUCUGUGCUUCUAACAGCCUUCACUCCCCUGAUCCCCCACAUCCACUGUCAUCAUGGGAGGGGUAGUCCAAAUGCACUUCACCACAGUGGACUACGUCAUCUUUGCCUUACUUUUAGUAGCCUCAGCCGGCAUCGGACUCUUCUAUGCCUUCUCCGGUGGACGCCAACGCACAACACAGGAGUUCCUGAUGGCUGAUCGCUCCAUGAGCUGCCUGCCUGUGUCUUUGUCCCUGCUGGCCACUUUUCAGUCGGCUGUGGCCAUCCUUGGUGCUCCGUCUGAGGUGUACACCUUUGGGACUCAGUACUGGUUCCUGGGCUGCUCCUACUUCUUAGGCCUGCUCAUCCCUGCUCAUGUUUUCAUACCAGUUUUCUAUAGACUUCGCUUGUCCAGCGCUUAUGAGUAUCUGGAGCUGCGCUUUAACAAGACGGUUCGAAUAUGUGGGACUGUGACCUUCAUCUUUCAGAUGGUCAUUUAUAUGGGGGUUGUCCUGUAUGCCCCGGCAUUGGCACUCAAUGCAGUGACUGGCGUUGACCUAUGGGGGGCAGUACUGGCCAUGGGCUUGGUGUGCACUCUUUAUACUGCUCUGGGGGGUCUGAAGGCAGUAAUCUGGACCGAUGUGUUCCAGACAGUAGUAAUGUUUGCAGGCCAGCUGGCGGUCAUUGUGGUUGGGGCUAAUCAGGCGGGGGGCAUAGCAGAGGUGUGGAGGAAAGCGACCAAUGGCAGUCGCAUUUCUGGACUGGACCUGAACCCCGACCCCCUGGAGCGCCACACCUUCUGGACACUAGGUGUAGGAGGAGUCUUCCUGAUGUUGGCUCUAUACGGGGUCAACCAGGCCCAGGUCCAGAGGUACCUCAGUUCUCGUACGGAGAAAGAGGCCAUUAUGUCCUGCUACGUGGUUUUUCCAUGCCAGCAGAUUGUCUUAUGUUUAGGUUGUAUGAUGGGGCUGGUGAUGUUUGCUCGCUAUGGAGAGGACAGCCCCCUGGACAAGGGCUUCGUAAAAUCUAAUGACCAGAUGGUCCUUUACUUUGUGAUGGACGUGUUCAAGGAUCUGCCUGGUCUUGCAGGACUGUUUGUAGCCUGUCUCUUCAGUGGAGCUCUCAGCACCAUAUCAUCAGCCUUUAACUCCCUAGCAACAGUAACCAUGGAGGACCUGAUUAAACCUCAUUUUCCAAACAUGACUGAAGCCAAAGCUACGCUGCUGUCCAAGGGACUCGCUUUGGUAUAUGGCCUGGUGUGUCUAGCUAUGGCCUACGUCGCCUCUAUUAUGGGAUCUGUGCUGCAGGCAGCCUUCAGCAUCUUUGGGAUGAUUGGUGGUCCUCUGCUGGGCCUCUUCUGUCUUGGAUUGUUUUUUCCUUGGGCAAACUCUACUGGUGCACUGGUCGGGUUAGCAGCAGGCCUUGCCAUGGCCUUCUGGAUCGGCAUUGGCAGCUUUUUGAUGCGCAUGACUGAGGCCAACGCAGUGGGAGCCCUCAACACCACAAAUCUGCCCCUGUUUGAUAACAUGACCACCGCUGUCAUGACCACACUUGUCAGCACCACCACAGCCAAGCCGAGGCCGACAGGUGUGGAGGCACUCUACUCGCUAUCCUACAUGUGGUAUAGUGCCCACAACUCUACCGUGGUGGUGGUGGUGGGACUUUUGGUCAGCUUUCUAACAGGCCCUAUGAAGGAGAAGGAUCUGACCCCUGGCACAGUGUAUCCAGUCAUGGGCACACUGCUCUUCUUCCUGCCUGAGCGCUACAGAGAAAAACUCUGCUGUAUCACUCCUCUGCCCACUCCUCAUAAGGCCAAAGAAACCAAAACCUUGCCUUAUCAGAGGGCCAGGAAAGAAAGCAACAAAGCAGCUCAAUCCAAAGAGGAUACAGUGACAGAGGACAAAGAGACAGAGAGUGACAGAGCACAAACAGAGGAGGAAGACUUGGAAACAAGGAUGGCUCUGCCCUCAUGUCACCUGACCACUCAUAUGGUUCAGGAGACGGCCUUGUGAUCCUAUCUUCUAAUCACUGGUGUACACUUUCAUCCUCUGCUACCACACUGUCAGUUCAUUGUGGGUUAGUGCAGCAAAAGAGGGAUCAAAUAUGGAAAGUACAUCACUAAGUCGAAUUCUUGGAAGACAGUUUUUACAAUCAGGUUUUGUCAAUCAAUGUUUAAAAAUAACCACUUGAAUGAUGACUUCUAGUAAUGUGUGUGAUUUUCUGUAUUUUACAUUAUUGUACAUUUAAAUACAUACAGUCUGAGGAUAAUUACUUACAUUUUAUUUUAAAUAUAUAAACAAUUCAUUAGAAUCCUCCACCGGGGUGGAAGGGUGGGGGUUUGCCUCCUAGCGCCAUCUAUUGACCAGCCGCCGAUGAUAGUUAGGCUUUAUGGACUUCAGCAUCUGUGUGAGGAGGGUGUUAUCUUGGCACCUGCUCCCAUUUUUCUCUUUGUGUGCAGUUUGAAGAUAAGAGUGCUUCACUCUCUUGCACAAUGAGCUGUUCCAAAGUGAUUCAGUGUGACAAAAAAAAAAAUCAGGUAGUUAAUAGAUAAUAGAUAUAAAUGAUAUAAACAAGAUGUGUUAUUUUCGUAGUGAAAAUGGAGCCUUAAAAUCUCAGAAUAAGUUUGGGAGAGAAAUGUUUUUAAAAAUAAGCACGACAGUAGUGCGGUCUUGUUGUGUCAUUACAUGGCCUUAGUUCAAUACAAUUAGUUGCCUUCUAGCUGCUUUAGAUGGAAAUACUGAGUGGACAAAAGCAAAUACAAGUAUGUAUGUUUAGGUUUAUGUAUAUGUGUAUAUAUAUUUAUGUAUAUGUGUGUAUAUAUGUAAAUGUAUUUGUAUACAUAUGUGUAUAUGUCUAUUUAUAUAUGUAUGUAUGUAUGUAUGUAUGUAUACAUACAUACAUACAUACAUACAUACAUACAUACAUAUAUAUAUAGACAUAUCUUUGCUCUGAUCUUAAUACACACGGCUUUGCUAUUUAUACAUAAGUAGAAAGGAGGAUGAGAUGAUCUUGUUGAGAUUAAGAUGUGUGCUUAAAAAAAAAGUUUAAAUUUUUUUCCUAGUUGCUCUUAAUACACUUGCCAUAAUAUUAUUGGUUAAUCCUUGGCAUAAUUCGUGGCCAGUAUGAAUAAUUUACAUUUAUCGACAUAACCGAAACCAAUAUGCUGCCCGUCAAAUGAAUUAGGAAAGCCAUACCAUCUAUGAGAAUGGAGCAGUAUUUGGUACAUAAAUAUGUUAAACAUCAAAACGCAUAUUUGUUUUUUUAAAUACAGUACACAGUUUGUGUUCACAGUCACGGUGAUCAUAUCUCAAGCAGUAAUGACUGUCAGGAUAGGUUGACUCCAUAUUCUCUGAGCUGGUAUUUACCCUGUAAGGUGUCUGCUUGUAUUAUCUCAAUAUGUUUUUCUUUCUGAUGUUUUCAUACGUCAGGUUGUUGUACGUGCCAGUAUGUGAUUUAUUUGCCUAGUAGUUUCACUGUAGUUUCAUCGUGUUUUUUGGAAUCACAGAAUUCUUGACCAUUUUAGCAUUUGAGUUAUCCAUUUUUAUUGAAUUUGAAGAGAGGUGAUGCUUUGAGUCAGCCACGCGGCCCACUAUGUUUGUUCAGGGCCAAACCUGAACCUUGUGACAGGUUUCCAAAGGGUAGUCUACAGUUCAUUGAAAGUCCAUAUGAAAUGCAAUCAUGCAAAUGUUUUCCUACAUCUCAUUUAGACAUUUAUGUUGGUCUACCAAUAUGCUGGAUGUGAAGUAAAUGGCAGACCGUGUAGCAGUUCAAACAUGUCUGUACCAUCAUACUUAGAAAUACCUCAAUUAUCCAAAGCAUAUAGAAGAUGGAUUCCUUUAACAUAUUGUUUUGUUUUUUACCAACAAAAAAUACAUUGAGAUCUUGCAUUUUUUGUAAAUUCAUAUAAAUCACAAUCAGAAUACAAUACUAUAUUAAGCAACAUUUCACAAGUUCAAAUGUGUAAAACUAUAUGCAAGAACCAUGACAUGUUCCUUUUUUUUAGAAUGACAGGUAGAAUGUGACAGCAUCCCCUGCCUUGGGAAUGUCUUUCACUGCUUUAUCCCAUAUGCUGAGAUUUUAAUGGUUCUUAGUUUUUAUUAACAUGUUUUAAAGGACAUGCAAUAUGUUAUUUAUUCAUGACUCAUAGAGUUGAAUCCUUUUCUUUCAUACCUGAAAUUACUUGAAGUGUGUGCCUGUAAUGUUACCUUUAAUUGUGCACAGAUAAACCUGCUUUAUUAUGUGGGCUAACAUAAUUGUGCAGACAUAUUAUUAUUGAUAUUAUUGCUGUUGAAGAUGUCUUUUCUAAAACUAGAAUGGGUGGAACACUGUGAUAUUAAUGAACACUAACACACCUAAUAAAGCACAAUGAAUACAGUCCUGAUAUUAACACAAUCCAACCAAAGCCAGCUGUUUUAGUUAUUCAACUUAUAUACAGUAUUAUUCUGAUAUUAAUGUCACCAGCAUUUUUUUUUCAUUCUUUCUAACUAUUAAUCAAUUUGGACUGCAAAAUGAUUGCAAGUUCUUUUUGUAAGUUUUAUAAUUUGCAACAAUAAAUAUUGUUUUUGGCAAUAUUUAUUGUAUUUGUUCUCCCUACCACAAGAAUUCUCUUCUAUGCAUUCCAAAAAAAACAAAAACCCAUAAGCAAUGAAGUCAAGAUGACUUUUCUGCUUUGGCUGUGCCUUCAUUUUCUAAAAUGUUGUUUCUUGUGUCCUGAUUUAGUUUUCAUAAAUUAACAUGAUAUUGGCAUGAAAGACAAAAAACGUCUACAAUUUAAUCUGCUGACAUGUUUCAUAUUUGUUUGGAUGUAUGACUAAUAUAUGUACAAGUUUGAUGUACUUGAGUUAAGAUAUUAAAAAAAAUGACAAAUUAAA